AGUUGGCUCUGGAGCUUUCAAUCGUGAACACGUCGUCUGAAAGCUCCAAUAUGAAAGUUCGCGAGUACCAUCUGAAAAACUUUUUAUUUGCGUGUCAUUAUAAAAAUGAAAUUGUUCUGAGAGCUGCCAAAUUUGUGUGUUGUGGGCAUUAAUCAUACAAAUAUAUUAUUAUUCUUCACAAAAUAUCUUAACGAUUGUUAGACUCUGAAGACUUAACUAAACUUCGAAAGUAAUGUAACGGAUAUGAAUGAAACAACUGUGAAGUGAUAUUUAAAUUACUACAUAGACUCCCAAAUAGUUAUUUACCUUACGCAAUCUCUCAUUAUAUUACUGCGAAUUUAAAAAUACGUUAAUUAAAUGCGUAAUAGAAUGAACCUGCAUUCCUAAUUGAAAUGCUAUAAGUAUAAUAUUUUAGAAACGAUAUAAAUAAAUUCAAAAUAAUAACAUCUUUCAAAUGGAUACACAGUUGAGCGCCAAGCCAAAUAAACAAUACGGUGGUAGAACGAUUUCCUUUUGGCGAACCUCGAAUUGCGAAUUUCCAACACAGUGUAGUGCAUAGUGUUUUGUGUAAUUAAAUAAAAUAUGACGACAAUGGAUACUCCUAACUUCAGUCACGUAAACGGGUUAAAUCUCUCCGGUAAUGCGAGUGGCGGCUUGCAUUUAGAAACGACUGUGGAUAUAUUUUUCCAGCCCGAACAUGUUUUAAUAACACUAUACGUUCCGGUUAUAUUGUUGUCUUUCAUAGCGAACAUUCUUCUAAUAGUCGUUGCAAUUAAAUGCAAUUACACAAAAAAUGUCACAGAUAUAUUCCUGGUGAAUCUGUCGGCGGCAGACCUACUCGUGACUGGCAUUUGUAUGCCGAUCCAACUGAGCAAGGCCAUUACCCUCGUUUGGUUCUACGGAGAGACUGUUUGCAAGAUUGUUAAUUACAUUCAAGGCGUGGCUGUGGCGGCUAGCGUGUUCACGAUCUCUGCGAUGUCAGUGGACCGUUGGUUGUCCAUUACUCCAGAACCUCGUCUUCGGCCACCAGGCAGGAAGCAGGCGACGCUGCUCCUCAUGCUACUUUGGAUCGCUGCACUGCUUAUCUUCAUUCCAACCUCUCUAGUAGCAGGAGUGCGGAAGGAAACCAUUCCUAUAAUAUCCAAAGGAGAUAAGAACAUUUCAAUAGAAACCAGAGAUAUCCAUUUCUGCAUUGAGGAAUGGCCUUCACCGGAGACCAGGAAGCAGUAUGGAAUGUUCAGUUUCACUCUAGUCUACGCAAUACCAGGUUCCAUAACCAUAAUGUCGUACGCGUGUAUGGGACGGACUCUGUGUUCGGUGCGACCGCCAUUUGACAUAGACGAGGGUAACGUCAGCAUGCAACAGGGUCUACGGCUGAUGAAGGAGAGGAAGCGUGUCGCUUGGAUUCUUCUUCUCCUAGCGGUUCUAUUCGCUCUCUGUUGGAUGCCGUAUAACAUCAUGCAGCUUCUCCUAGACGUCAGUGUUGUCAACGCGAAAGACUUAAGCGCUUAUUUACCGUAUGCUUUAUUCUUGGGUCACGCGAAUUCAGCCAUAAACCCCAUCGUGUAUUGUUUCAUGACGAGGAAAUUCCAGAGAUCGGUUAAGAAGUUGCUGUGCGGGAGACCGUUGUGUCAGCAGGCCAAGUUUACGUGGCGAUGUAAUCAGAAACCGGAGGGAUCUUCAAGUGAUUAUGAAUUAUACCACGAGCCGCAUAAACGGUGCUAUCUACAGAUGAACACUCUUCGCUACAACGGACAUUACUCGGCGCAGAUCCCACGCGGGAUCGAGACACGUGCCCAAACGACCCAGUUGAGCCACGUGACCCGCUCUUCCCGACGCACCGCGCCCGCCCACGCGCUCUCAGCAGAGAUGCUCCAAAGGCAUGGCCAUAUCGAUUACAGACGUUGAUACUGAACCAACUAUUGAAGAUAUCAAUCAACAAAAACACAACUGCUCGUCACAGACCUCUCUUAAUUAGUCUCAUUUUCAUCAAUUCCAUGCUAAUUGUUCUUCACAUUAUAAAGUUCCCAAGUAAAGGCUGGAUUCCUAACCAUCAUAUUUUUGUCGGAUAUACUGAUGUUGUUAUUUAGCAAGAUUUUUAGAAGUUGUAUGAAGUAUAUAAAUUAUUGUUAAUGUUGUAAAGGUAUUUAAAAAAAAAUUGGUGUACAUGUAUUAUGGUUAUCGCAAUUUAUAAGAAUAUUGUACUUAGUUUUAUUGCUGUGUGCGCGUAACAAGUAUUUUUGGUUAUAAUAAAGGGGGGUAGAUGGAAAUAGCCGUACAUCGUCUAUGAAGUAUAGGCCAGCUAGUACUGAUGUCGAGUCAGUGUCAGAGCCAGUAUUUUUUU